GUUCUUCCGUCCUUACUGUAGCUGUAGCCGAAAAAAUUUGUGCGGCCUGGGCAGCCCUGGGAACGUACAAGUUUCGAGGGGAAAAUCUGAAAAAGAGACAUGGAACAAACGACUGCAGGAACAGAAAGGUCCGAGCCCGGAGAUAGCGAACAGGACGAGGAAGAAGAUGUGUACGAGGUGGAGAAGAUUAUUGACAUGCGAACGGAGGAGGGGGAGGUGCUGUACCGUGUGCGCUGGAAGAACUACACCUCGGAUGAGGACACCUGGGAACCAGAGGCCCACCUGGAGGACUGCAGAGAGGUGCUGCUGGCCUACAAGAGGAAGCUGGCAGAGAGCAAGCCCAAGAAGGACACGGGAGUGGUGGAGGAAGUGCAGGUGGAGGUGACAGCCAGGGAACCACCCCCACAGAAGCUGCCAAUGAAGAGCGACCUGUUUGAUGCUGACUCGGAGAGCGAGAACGAAAAGCCAGCUGCGUCUCCCCCCAAGAAGAAGAAGAAAAAGAAGAAAUCGUCGAAGGAGGUCAUCAGAGAUCCCUCACCUGAUCCAGGCAGGAGAGAGAAGAAGAAGAAGAAGGAUAAGAAGAAGAGAUGGAAGCAGGAGAAGGUCCUGCCAGCACCAGAGUCUGACGGCUCUGAGUCGGAAGAGGAGAAACCCCAGUCCCUGACACCAACCCCACCCCACAGCCAGAAGAGGCCCAUCGAGUCCGAGGAAGAGGAGGAGUCCCCCGUCACUCCCAAAAAACAGAAGAGAGACAAGCCCAGGGAAGGAGAGAAGCGGAAGAAAGAGGGUGGAGAUGGCAGGAAGAAGGACCACCAAAAGGAACUGGUGUCCUCUGAUGAGGAAGAGGAGAAGGAGGAGGAAGAGUCAGCCAGCAUGGAAGGGGACCUAAGUGAAGUGCCCCAAUUUGACGAUGGGUCAGAAAGAAGCCCCACCCCGGCCCCCAGCUCCAAGCCGACAGCAGAGAGGCAGCAAGGGGAGGUGGCCGAGACAUCCGGGGCCAAUCAGAAGAAAAGCAAGGCUGCGAUCAAGCUGCAGGGCAUCAAAGAGCUCAUCCAGGUGAAGAGGAAGAAGAAGUCCCCACCCCCUUCCCCAGCCCUGGCCCCGCCCCCUCAGAAGGAAAGUGCACAACAGAAGCUGAAGAAGCUGCUGAGCGGGAAGAGCGUCUCGGACAAGUCUCACGGCCGGCCGGCUCGUGGCGGCGAGAAGGCGGAGCCUGCCCUCCUCUCCUCAGACUCCAGCGACGCGCCCGCCACCGGCUCGGUCAGGAGGAAGAGCAAAGCCAAGGAGGCACCUUCCUCCCCGUCCCUCUCCUCCUCCUCCUCCUCCGGGGCCGUCGCCAGGGACGAGGAGGCCAGGCCCGACCUUGGGACCACCGCCGCCGCCCCGGCCUCAGGUUUGAGCGCGAGAGGCAAAGAGCCCACCUCAUCCAGGGCGGAGAAGGAGCAGCCCGCCUCCACCAACCUGUUCGAGAAGUUCCUGCUCCACUGCGAGGCCAAGGACCGCGUUCCCCGGAGACAAGCGGUCCACACGACUUCUGAGAACCGUGCGGACCAGAACAGGACCGCCACGCCAAAGACCACGGGGAAGCCAGAGAAAAAAGCCAAGCCUCCUAAGGAGUCAGCUGCCCCGAAAUCGGAGCAGGACAGAACGGAGAAGGCCAAGAGGGACACGAAGACACCAGAAACCUCUCGGCCAAAACAGAGCUUGUCUGCCCCGGAGAUGAAGCAGUCUGAGAGAAGAGAGAGCUCAGACAGCUUGACAGACAGGCAGGGAAGAGCAGAAAGUCAGGGAGCACAAGGGAAGAUUGGGGUGGAUACUGAUAAUGAGAAGAGGGAGGAGUCUCUGGAGAAGUGGGAGGAGCCUCCGGAGAAGAGGGAGGAGCCUCCAGAGCCGAGGGAGGAGCCCCUGGAGAAGAGGGAGGACUCUCGGGAGAGAAGGCAGGAGGUUCGAGAGAAGAGGGAGGAGCUACGAGAGAAGAGGGAGGAGCCUCGGGAGAGAAAGCAGGAUGCUCGAGAGAAGAGGGAGGAGCCUCGGGAGAGAAGGCAGGAAGCUCGAGACAAGAGAGAGGAGCCACGAGAGAAGAAGGAGGAGCCUCGGGAGAGGAGGGGGAAGCCUGAGGAGGUGCAUGGUAGGCUGUGGGAGAGGAAGACGACGGACGUGGCAUCGCCCGAACGGCGGCGGCGGAGAGAGGACGGUGAGCAGCGCCUCUUUGGAGCCUGUAAUGACGAUCAGGAGCCUCAAGACCGAACUGCAGACAGGGCUCAAGCUUCCCUGAACCUUGGGGUGGAUCUCAAGCUGGACUGGAUGACGCUGGAGGACUUCCAGAAACACUUAAACGGAGAAGACGAGAUUCUAUCUGCUGCCACCAUAUCUCCCAGUGAGCUCCGAGACGCAGUGAAGGCCGGAGACUACCUUGCGGUGAAGCUCGCCCUUGGAUCGACGGAGGACUACAAUCUGGACCAGGAGGACUCGAGCGGGAUGUCUCUGGCCAUGCUGGCGGCCGCGGGCGGGCAGGACGACAUCCUUCGGCUGCUGAUCAAGAAGGGGGUGAAGGUGAACUGGCGUCAGAAGAACGGCACGACCGCGCUCAUGCACGCGGCUGAGAAGAACUUCCUGACGACGGUUGCUAUCCUCCUGGAGGCGGGGGCACAUGUGAAUGCCCAGACCCUGGGUGGAGAGACGGCCCUUAUGAAGGCCUGUAAACGGGGCAAUGGCGACGUGGUGCGCCUCCUGCUGGAGUACGGGGCCGACUGCAACAUCCUGUCAAAACACCAGAACAACGCCCUGAACUUUGCCAAGCUCAGCAACAAUAUGGCCGUCUACGACUACGUGAAGGAGCACAUGAACACGUUGUGGAGUGUUGCCGAGGAGACGAUCCGGGCGUACUUCGAGACGAGGCUGGCCCUGCUGGAGCCUGUGUUUCCCCUGGCCUGCCACAGGCUGUGUGAGGGCCCUGACUUCAGCCUGGACUUCAACUACAAACCCCCUCCUCACUGCCCUGCUGAGGGUCUCAGCAGCCCUCUGUCUCAACAGCGGCAGUCACAUGGUCUGAACACUGACACAACUGGGAAUGAUACUGCUGGAUCAGGGAUCCUCCUCUUCGUGUUCCACGCAAACUUCCUGAGUGAGAUCACAGCCCGGUUAUGUGGGCCCUGCAGUGUGCACGCCGUGGUGCUCAAUGACAAGUUCCAGCUGCCCAUCUUUCUGGACAGCCACUUCAUCUACUCCUUCAGUCCGGUGCAGGGUCUGAACAAGCUCUUCAUACGGCUGGCUGACUCACCCACCGCCAAGGUCAAGCUUUUGAUCGGUGCAUACAGAGUGCAGCUGCAGUGAGGCACAGCCCCCCUGCUACCCCUCCCCCCCCGCAACUCCUAUUCCCCACUCCCAGGAUCAAAGUGAAGUGCUGCCGGAACCUAUCCCGGCCCCAGGACUGAACACUCCCCACAACGCCCAAAUAUGGCGCAGGCCACACCCUCAAAGUCAACGCUGCCAAAGAAGAUGGAUGCAUCACGGCAGUGAUGUUUUUUUAUUUUAUAUCGUUUUGCUUUUCGUGUGAGCGUGUUUCCAGUGGAAGGAAGUGUAUAGUGUUGAUUGCGUGCAUUAAAGUGCUGUGACACUUUUGGGGGGGGAGGGGGUGGUCUCAAGGAAAAAUUAAUUAUGUUACAAAAUGUUAUUAUGAACAAUAUAAUUGUUAUUAUGGUAACUGAUGUGUUGUGAGAAGCAUCUGCUCCCCUGCAGACAGACAGACGGACAGAAGCUUCAGUCCUGGUAUCCCAUGGCGCCGUGUGCUCUCAUGAGUCUCAUGAGCACAUCAGGUGGCCAGAGUAUAGAAGAGAUGGUGCCAAGAGUGACAGCUAGGUGGAUUUCCUGUCCGCAAGCACUACAAUGGAAUGCAGAGGAAGUACUGUCACGAGUAAUGAGAUUCACUGGGACUUUUCCAGUGUUGUCACAACUAAGCUGCUUGAUACUCAAAUUAUUUAUUGGUAAUGUCUAGGAGGUCAACAAGGUACUCUGAUGAAAACAUAAACAUGACGGUCAAUUUUGUGAAAAAUCAGUUUAACACCAGAUCCGUUGUACAGGGUAUCAUGAAUAUUCAUAAAGCAGGCUUGACAAAGUUCAAAGUUACUCUGAUGAAUGGAAUAACUUGUGACAGGAGGAAUUCUGUCACCCAUUUUUUUACCUGCCCAACAAACCGAAUAGCUAGCUAGUUUUUGAGAGAGCUAUCCACAUUGUUCUAGUGAACACUCAGAUGCUGCUUGUUUUUUUUUCUUUCAUGUAAGUACUUUACAUAUGAAGUUUGUUUGGUCACAGAGCAUGUCCAGUGAGGUUUCAGAUGGGGUAGUCUGCCUGCAACUUGCAGGCACUGUUCUCUAUCGCCUAGCAGGCUAACAUUUCCAUCUUAUCAGUAUCUCUGCCUAGGGCAGGACAGGGGAUGGGGAGGAUGGGGGGGGGGGGUGCCAGAGGAGAAGGCUAAUGGGGGAAGGGCUUUGUUUUUAAACUUUGGAGGCCAGUCGUGUGGAUACUCAAAUGUAACUUUUUUAAAAGUGAUUAUUUUAUUAACUGCUGUCCCUUUUAAACUUCUUCCUUCCUUCCUGGGUCCUGCAGGAGUGUUUCAUAGAGCAGGCUGGGGAGGAGUAGGGGGUAGAGGGGGGAGUGACAGCAGACAUGACUGCACCCCCUCAUGGUGGGGGGGAAGGAAUUACUGGACCAAGCCUUUGUUUUGCCCUGAGGUCACCCACAUGCUUUUUUUUUAUUGGUUAGGCUGGAACACCUUGGUCAAAACCUUAGUUUUUAGUUUACUUUAGUUAUAUUUACAUUUUUUUAAAUUUAAUUGACACUUGAGUUCCAUUUUUUUCUUGUUUGGUUUGUUAGAUUUGUUUUGUCUGUUUGUGCCGUUUCUUUGGUAACCGUGGGUCAGGUGCUCUAGUUUGUAAUUAGCUCAUUUGGCUGGAGUCAGUUUCUAUGGAAACUCUGCACUCCUUUUGUUGUGGCAGACAGGAGCGCAGUGCCCAAGCACAGCACACCUGGAGUUGGGUGGGAGGUCCUCGUAAGGGCUAAACGGGUGCUGUCCUGUGUUCAGUAGGGCAGAACUGAAUGGUGUGCCCCGAUCACCAACGUGAUCAAAUCAGGAAGACCCCUGAAGGACUGUAAUGAAGGGUGUACAUGCUGUGCAUUUCUAUGGCAACGAGUAACCUUUUGCUUUAUCAAUGAUGGCAAAGGAGUAAAUAAAAAAAUAUAUAUAGAGGUAUAUUUAAAAAAUAAAGAGUUUUAGUUUUUUUCCAAAUAAUGUAAGAUAUGCUAUAAAAACAUAUUACCAAUAAGUUGUCACACUAUUACUUUGCAUUAAAUAUUGUCACGAACUUUAAAGAAAA